AUUCUAUCUGUCAAAAAUAAACAUGUGUCAUUAUCGUGUGAAAAAUCAAUAUGUCAGAUCUGAUAGGUAUAUUUGCUUAACAAUGCUAUAUUUACAUUAAUGGGUUCUUUGCCACGAGAGGAAUAUGGUUUAAAAAAAUAUUCAAGCGCGCAUAUGAAUCCUAAUAUAUUUGACAACCCCUUAGAAGAUGAUGUAAGCCCUAAGAAGUCUUAUCUUAAAGAUAAGUUUGAUAAGUUCAAAGAUAUGGAUUAUGAACUUACUGAAGAUCAAAAUGAACAAAUUAAGGCGACAAUCACUACAUUUACAUGCCUAUUUUUAGACCAGUUACUAUCGCAACCAUUUAUAACCAUAAGUACCCAAUGUCAAUUACAUUUAGAUUCUAAAAAAUACCAUAUUAAUCCAAUAACUCUCAUGACUCCAACAAUAAAUAUAAUAAAAACCCAAGGAAUGUUCUGUUUAUGGAAAGGGUUAACAACUACACUCAUUGUAAAUGGCUUAUCAACAGUCACGGAGAAUUUUUUGAGUGACAUAUUGCAAUAUCCAAAAGAUGUGAAUUUUACAAAAUCUUCAUCCAAAGAAAUAUGCCAACAUUUUAUUUUAAAAUGCUUGACCUACAGUCUGAUGUGCCCAUUCUACAUUGCUAAUUUGAUUCAAAUAGUGCAGAGUUCUAUCAUAACCCUUGACGAACCCUCUUCUUCCUCAUCCUCCAUCUAUUCCAUAAUUCCCCGAAACGUUGUCGAUUUAUUUCGUGAUGCGUUUCACAUUACUAAAUCCGCCAUCCUCGGGACCACACUUUUUGGGCGUUCUGUCGCCGAACCUUUGGCAAAACGUUCAUCCGGCGGUGCCAUGAGUUGGAUUUACGACGAUAAAUCGAACAGAGUUGGGGCGCUAUUUCUUGCCCUAAUUUCGGCUUUCAUAAUUCGGUACAUAGCUGAACGGCUUUGCGAAGCCUUGGCUGGAAAGGUGGCCAAUAGGAUGGUUGUUAAAAAUAUUAAAAAAAGUUACAAGAAAAGAAAGAGAUUUGAUAAUCGAAAAUACAAUCAUACUUCCGAUUUUGAAGAUGAAGAGGAGUUGACAGGGGAUGGCUUCAUUAAAGUCCCAUCCAAACAUUCAGGCAUCGAUACUCGGCGUUGUUACGUCACAGCUUUAACUUGUAAGCUGUGGGGUAGAAUGGGCGCAUCUUUUGUCUGUUAUCCUUUAUAUUGCGUUACUAAUCUCGUCCUUCUGCGCAUGCUCGGGAGAACUCUGCCUCGUAAAAUAUUGCUAAUCGAUGAUAUGGACUCGGGACUUAGGAUAGUUCCUAUUUCUCACCAUUUUGCCCCGGUCUCAACUUAUUCAUCCGGGAUUAAUAUUAACAUGGGUAUUCAUCAACCGAUCAAGAUACUGGGAAUGACCGAACUUUUUAAAGGUUUCGGAUGCUUGGCAUAUCACGCCAUCGUUCGGAUAGGAUUAAUAAAGAUUGCUGAAAUCAUCAUCAAGUCACCGCUUAUGAAUAAUUGAGUUGGUUAUCCGAUUUUCUUCCUGAAUGUUAAAAAAAAAUUAGAAUUAUUAUUUGAUUCGUUUUUAAUUUUAAACGACAUAUCAAUACGCUACGCGCCAUUACAGGAAUUCUAAUGUAACAUAAUUAUAUUGCGAUAUUUUUUUUUUUUAUUAGUUAAUUUUUAUCCUGGUUGACGAAUUAUUUUUGAAUAAUUAUUGUAUUUAAUAAAUUGUUUUUUUUUCUUCUAUAAUUUACUACAUAAUAAAUGUAUUAUAUUUUAUUAUAUAUAUUUAGUUUGUUUAUUUAUUUAUUAUUAUAAUAAAAUCUCCUUGAGUUGAA